UCCCUAUAAUGUUUCUAUCCUACUCUUCUAGGUCCAGUUCCUGCCAAGAUGUCCUGCCAGCAGAGCCAGAAGCAGUGCCAACCUCCUCCCAAGUGUCCUUCCCCAAAGUGCUCCCCAAAGUGCCCCCCAAAGAGCACAACACAGUGUCUACCUGCAGCCUCUUCCUGCUGUGCUACAAGCUCUGGAGGUUGCAGUGUCCCCAGCUCUGAGGGAGGCUGCUGCCUGAGCCACCACAGGCGCAGGUCCCACAGAUGCAGGCGCAGGAGCUCCAGUUCCUGUGACCGUGGCAGUGGUCAGCAGUCUGGGGGCUCAGGCUGUGGCCACAGCUCUGGGGGCUGCUGCUGACCUGGAUCCUGAGGCGGAUACAAGGAAUUUCAGAGAGAACAAGAAUCUCAGGAGCCAAGGAAAAUUCAGCCUGACUUUUUCUAUUCCCAAGGGCCCUGCUGCCUUCUUCUAUCCAGGGUUUCAACUUCCCUAGUAACUUCUCUUCCUGUCUGUUGUCUGGGAUCUCACAGUCCUCAUUCCCUGGUAGCUUACGAAUUCAUAUGCCCUAUACAUAUCCAUUUCAAAAAUAAAGCUGCUCGAA